UCACGUGACCACGUUGACUCCGUCUUCAAUCACGUGAUCUCGCUGUUGACCGGUGUCGUUUUUCAUAAUGAAGUCUUUCCGCACCGGCGUUGCAGCAAAUAGUCAUUGUUUGAACCACUAAUGUUGGCGAGAAGCAGACGUGUCCAGAUCUAGUCCAGUGUGUGCCUACCUUGCUAACCCAACUGCUGUUCCCCUAAAGCGGAGCAAACGUCUAUGAAUGGCAUGCUUCACGGCUAAAGGUUCAACAGCUCUUGUCCUCUCUAAGCAAUCCCACAGGCCAUGGCUUUCAUACGUCAGUUCCGACUUCUUUUGUGGAAGAAUUACAUCCAGCAGAAGAGGCAGAUUUUUGUGACAAUUAUCGAGAUUGCUCUCCCUCUGCUGUUUUCUGCCAUUUUAAUUGCCCUGAGACAGCGUGUUACUUCAGAAGCUUUCCCAAAUGCCACAAUUUAUAACAAGUUUUCAGUGAAACAGCUUCCCCUAUGGGGUUCUUUUGAACUUGCCUACAUCCCAGGAAAUGUCAGUGUUGUUCAGCGCCUUGCCACCUCAGUGGGAAAAUCACUCACGCCUGAUCUUGGUGUUCAUGGUUUUGACACUGAGAAAGAAUUUGAACAGUACAUAAAGAAUGACCCGGAUUCUGAGAACAUUUUGGCUGCUUUGGUGAUUGACCACCAUUUCAAUCAUUCUGAAGAGCCUUUACCCCUCAAGGUCAAAUACCAUUUGAGGUUCAAGUAUAGCCCUCGCAAUGCUCCCCCAUCGGAGAGGACAAGACUGAACCCUAACAAUGAUCGUGACUGGCACACCCAAUACUUGUUUCCAAUGUUCCAACUCCCUGGCCCUCGGGAGCGAGCAGACAGUGAAGGAGGCACUCCAGGUUACUACCGAGAGGGAUUCCUGGCUGUUCAACAUGCAGUGGACCUUGCAAUUAUCAGCCUGUACGGCAAUGGAUCAGGAUCAAAAGUGCUUGAACGAAUCUCUGUAAACCUAGCCCGCUUUCCUUUUCCUACAUACAUUAAUGACCUCUUCAUCUUGGCCAUUCAGAACCAGCUGCCCCUGUUGCUUAUGCUUAGUUUUACUUACACUGCUCUAAAUAUUGUUCGAGCAGUAGUACAGGAAAAGGAGCGAAAGCUGAAGGAGUAUAUGCGCAUGAUGGGGCUCAGCAACUGGUUACACUGGAGUGCCUGGUUUCUGAUGUUCUUUAUCUUUUUUCUCACCUCCAUUUUCUUUGUCACCCUGCUGCUCUGCAUUAAGGUCAGCCCUAAUGGUUCUGUACUGACCAAAAGUGACCCCACCCUGAUCUUCGCUUUCCUCUUGACAUUUGCAGUUUCUACCAUCACAUUCAGCUUUAUGGUGAGCGCAUUCUUCUCAAGAGCAAACGUGGCAGCAGCAGCAGGAGGAUUCCUUUACUUUUUCUCCUACAUCCCAUACUUUUUUAUUUCCCCUCGAUAUGACUGUCUCUCUCAUGCACAGAAGGUGUCCUCAUGCCUCAUUUCUAAUGUGGGAAUGGCGAUGGGUGCCCAGCUAAUAGGCAUGUUUGAGGGCAAAGGUACAGGGGUCCAGUGGAAUAACCUGUUUGAACCCUUGAAUGUGGGUGACAAUUUCUCAAUGGCGCAAGUCAUGGGAAUGCUGCUGCUUGACUCUGUGAUAUAUGGGCUUGUAGCCUGGUAUGUGGAAGCAGUGUUCCCGGGCGAGUAUGGUGUGCCUUUACCCUGGUACUUCUUUAUACUGCCUUCAUACUGGUGUAACAGUCCACGUCUGGCCUAUGUGAAAGAAAAGGAGGAAGAGGAGGAUGCAGAGAAGACACUGAAGAGUGAGUUCAUUGAAGAGGAGCCUGCUGGAUUGGUCUCAGGAAUCAAGAUUAAGCAUCUUGCAAAGGUUUUCAAAGUGGGCUCUGUGAAUCGUGAGGCCGUGAAGGAUCUCACCUUAAACAUGUAUGAAGGCCAAAUCACUGUCUUGCUGGGUCAUAAUGGAGCUGGAAAGACUACUACGUUGUCAGUCCUAACAGGUCUCUUUCCCCCGACCGCCGGCCGUGCAUACAUUAAUGGUUAUGACAUCUCUCAGGACAUGGCUUUGAUUCGCCGCAGUCUGGGUCUGUGUCCUCAGCAUGAUGUUCUUUUUGACAACCUCACAGUGGUGGAACACUUGCAGUUUUAUGCACAGCUGAAAGGCUAUCCAAGUGAAAAAAUGCCAGGUGAAAUCCAUCACAUUUUGAGGAUUCUCGGUCUGGUGGAAAAAAGGUUUUCAAGAUCCAAGGCUCUUUCUGGUGGGAUGAAACGCAAGCUGUCCAUUGGCAUUGCCCUAAUUGGAGAUUCCAAAGUAGUAAUGCUGGAUGAGCCAACAUCGGGAAUGGACCCUGCAGCACGUCGUGCCACCUGGGAUCUGUUACAGAGCCAAAAGCAUGGACGAACUAUCUUACUCACUACUCAUUUCAUGGAUGAAGCAGACCUUUUAGGAGAUCGCAUUGCCAUUAUGGCCAAAGGCGAACUGCAGUGCUGCGGCUCCCCACUGUUUCUUAAAAAUAAAUAUGGAGCGGGUUACCAUAUGGUGAUUGUCAAGGAUGCCCUGUGUAAUGUUUCUGAGAUCACUCGACUAGUGAAGAUGUAUGUGCCCAAUGCCAAUGUAGAGAGCAGUGCUGGUGCAGAACUUUCCUUCAUUCUCCCUAAGGAAAGCACUAAUAGAUUCGAACUCCUUUUUGCAGAACUGGAAAUGAAACGAGAUGAGCUAGGCAUUGCCAGCUAUGGGGCAUCAGUCACCACAAUGGAAGAAGUAUUUCUCAGAGUGGGGAAGCUGGUAGACUCAAGCUUAGAUAUCCAGGCUAUCCAGUUGCCAGCCCUACAGUAUCAGCAUGAACGAAGGUCACAUGACUGGAGUAUAGAUGACAGCAGCAGCACUAGUGGUCUGACCGACUUCACUGAUGACAGUGGUACCCUGAUCUCUGAGGAUUGCUCAAAUGUGAAAUUGAACACAGGGGCAAUGCUUUUCUUGCAGCAGUUCUAUGCUAUGUUCUUGAAGAGGGCGCUGUACAGCUGGCGGAAUUGGAAGGUGAUGGUAGCCCAGUUUCUUGUGCCCCUGGUGUUUACUGUGCUGGCUCUGGUUGUGGCUCGUACCUUCCCAGGGCCACGGGAUUCACCGUCUCUGAAUCUGUCCCUUGCUCGCUACGGCCCCACCAACGUUCCCUAUUUUAUUGAACCCAACUCUGGCAACCUCACAGCUGCUCUGGCAAACAGUUAUUUAGGGCAGCUAGCUGCAAUACAAGGGCAAGCUGUAAAUGUAACUGACAUGCAAGAAUAUAUCCUGUCUUCAGCCACAAAAGAGGGAGGAGUCUUUAAUGAGCACUGCGUGGUGGCCAUUUCAUUUGGGCAUGUUAGAGGUUAUGUGACGGCAACAGCAUUCUUCAACAAUCAGGGCUACCACACCCCAGCCACCUCAUUGUUGCUUCUUGAUAAUGCCAUUUAUAGGAUGAUUGCAGGUCCUAAUGCUUCAAUCAGUGCUGAAAAUCACCCUCAGCCACGCAAUGUUUCGGAAACGGCUCGGGACCAGCUUACUGAGGGUCAAACUGGCUUUGCAAUUGCCAUUAAUCUGAUGUAUGGGAUGGCAUCUCUCUCCAGUACUUUUGCCCUCUUACUGGUCACUGAAAGGACUGUAAAGGCUAAGCAUGUCCAGCAGGUCAGUGGGGUGUAUGUCUCUAAUUUCUGGCUGUCUGCUCUUCUAUGGGACCUGAUUAACUUUCUCCUGCCUUGUGUUCUUAUGCUGGUUGUCUUCAAAGCCUUCAGUGUGAAUGCAUUCACUGAUGAUAAUCACCUGGUUGACGUAAUGCUAAUCUUGUUGCUCUAUGGCUGGGCCGUCAUCCCUCUCAUGUAUCUUUUGAGUUUCCUCUUCUCCACGGCUGCCACUGCCUACACCCGGCUCACCAUCUUUAAUAUUAUUUCUGGCACUGCUACCUUUCUUGCCAUCACUAUCAUGGCCAUUCCAGAACUAGGCCUGGUGGAUCUCUCCAAGUUGCUGGACAAAGUAUUUUUGAUCUUCCCUAACUACUGUCUGGGCAUGUCUAUCAGUGACUUCUACCAAAAUUAUGAGUUCCUGCAAUUCUGCACUUCUUCUUUCAUGGCUAAAUUCAUCUGUCAGAAGUACAAUAUUACUUAUCAAGAAGACUACUUUUCAUGGGAAACACCAGGAAUUGGCCGCUUUCUUGUGUCAAUGGCCGUUCAGGGUGGAGUCUUCAUGCUGCUUAUUUUCCUCAUUGAGCUGCGUCUGUUUCGAGCCUUGCAGCAGCUCUGUUGCAGGCUUUGUCUGAAAAAGCAUAAAAAGGCCCCAUCACUAGCCUGUUCUGCAGCUGUCUUCCCAGAAGAUGGAGAUGUGGCAGCAGAGAGGAAGCGGGUAUUAGAAUGUCAGCCGGUGGUGGAAUCAAUGCUUGGAUGCCCCCUGAUUCUGCAGGAGCUGAGCAAGGUUUACAGCAGUGGGGAAAGCCUUUUGGCAGUGGAUCGCUUAUCACUGGCUGUUGGUAAAGGAGAGUGUUUUGGCCUUUUGGGCUUUAAUGGUGCUGGAAAAACUACUACUUUCAAGAUGUUAACUGGAGAUGAGACAGUGACAAGUGGUGAUGCCUUCAUUGAUGGCUAUAGCAUCUUAACUGACAUAAAGAAGGUGCAGCAGAGGAUUGGCUACUGUCCUCAGUUUGAUGCCCUCCUGGAUCACAUGACUGGCCGGGAAACACUGAGUAUGUAUGCCCGACUGCGGGGCAUCCCAGAGAAAUAUGUGAGUGGCUGUGUGGAGAAUGUGCUACGGUCACUCCUUCUGGAAGCACAUGCUGACAAGCUGGUCCGUAACUUUAGUGGUGGCAACAAGAGAAAACUCAGUGCUGGUAUGGCUCUGAUUGGUGGACCACCCGUGAUCUUUUUGGAUGAACCCUCAACAGGAAUGGAUCCAGUUGCUAGGCGACUGCUCUGGGAUGCAGUUAGUAGAACUCGGGAGUCUGGGAAGGCUAUCAUCAUCACAUCCCACAGCAUGGAAGAGUGUGAAGCUCUCUGCACAAGACUGGCAGUGAUGGUGAAUGGUCAGUUUAAAUGUCUUGGCAGCCCCCAGCACCUUAAGUGUAAGUUUGGUAGCGGUUAUACGUUACUCGCCAAAAUCCAAGCAGAAGUGGAAGAAAUAGACCUACAGCCUUUCAAAGACUUCAUUGAGCGAACAUUCCCUGAGAGCAUUCUGAAGGAUGAGCAUCAGGCCAUGGUCCACUACCAUCUCACUGACAAGACACUGACCUGGGCUCAGGUGUUUGGAACAAUGGAAGCUGCAAAAGAGAAGUAUGGUGUUGAAGAUUACUGUGUUAGCCAGAUCUCCUUGGAGCAGGUAUUCCUGAGCUUUGCCCAAUUCCAGCAUUGUGCCGAGGGCUCGAGAGCAUAGCGUGUACUACAUGAGAGUAAGAAAAGUUGUGCAGCGGCACUGCUCACAUCAUCGUACUGUGGAGCGGGGACAAGUGCUGCAGAUGGGUCAUCUGAAGAAGAAUACUUGAGUUUUCCUGCUGUGAUCUGAGAGUCGGAACCAUUCAUUCCCUGAUCUAAAACACCCUUCCAUUCCUUUUGCACCCCAGCAAAGCCCUAGUCUCAGUGCCUGAAAGCUUGAGUUUGUUCAGUAUCCGGCUUAACGGGACAACUUUAAUGAAUAAUUUUAGAAAAGGACUGAAAAGAUCUGCACAAUGGAAUUUUUUUUCAUUAGCUUAUACAACAUCUUAUGAACACUGAGAGCACUUUAUAAAAUGACAAGUGAGAUGGACUCUGAUUUUGUAAAAAGUUGAGAGUAAAGCCUUCUGCCUCAGGUUGCACUGCAAGUAACUGAAAUGCUAAAUCUCAACUCCAUUCCCUCUGCUUAAUUCUAUUUCAUUCUCAUAUCCGUCCUGCACCUGUGAUUAGGGGGUUUCACAAAGUUUCAAACCCAGUGUGAGCAUGCUGGGGUCAUUCUCUGAGUAUUUAAAGAUGCUGACUACAAAGGAGAAGGUUUUCACAGAGAGCCAUUGUGGGCAGCUCCCAUUUUUGCUCCUUGCUAGUCUAGAUGUCAUCAUUAUGCAUUUAUGGGGUUUGGAAUUACAACAUUUCUAAUUACUUCUCUCUCUCUCAGGAGUACCUCUCAGAUUUUUAGACACUGCGACACCUCUUGCUAUUGCGAUGUCUGCUCCUGGGGCCUUUAACGGUUGUUAACUUGUGCUCACACAGCUGUUAGUGCUCAUUUGCUCCAGCUUCCCACAUGGAUUAGUCAGGUUUUCUGCUUUACAUGGCAUUUAGCCUAAAGGGCUCUGAAAAAUGUGACUGACACCCCACAGUCCCAUCAGGCAAAAAAUAAAAGAAUCACAAUGACCAGAUUAUGCUGAAUGCUUGGCAAGUACAGUAUAUGAGCAGCAAUUAUUUUGUUAGUAGUGAAGUCAGCAAAGACUGUAUUAACUUUCAAUCUGCCUAUUCUGUCACAUUUUGAGAUUUUUUAUUAUUUUAUUCAAAAUGUUUAAAACCUGAACGCAACUGCUGAAAUAAAGGGAGUAUGAGCAGAAGCUCGAAGUGGCAUUGCACCUAUGAUGUGUGUUGCUUUUGUUGCUUCUUAAGAGGACUACUCUUGUUCAUUGCGUGUCCCACAUCACUUAAUGUCACGCAGCCAUUCAGUGCCACUCACCCCACCCCAAGUAGCUGCAGGCUGUCAUGGCUACUGCAUACUGUAUCUCCAUUGUAAAGACACAUAGAACCAUGACACAGGGUGAAUGAUGUCAUGUUACACAUAGCGAAAGAUUACACUUGAAAGAAUACACUUGCAUGCAAAAUUUACCAAAGUAUAUGCCUUUGGUGUGCAUUAUAGAGCAUUUCAAUCUGUUCCAAUUGUGGGUACUGCUGACAUAGGAACUAUUCUCAUUGGCAGCACCCAUAAAUUAAAAAUAAUGAUUAAAUUAAAAGCCACUUUCUCUUGCUAUUCAGCCAUCACAUUACUUACAGAACUCCUACAAUUUAAAAGGAAAAAAAAUGUAAAAUGUUAUCAGCUGUAAGUUAAUUUUGAGUUUUCUAAGGCAUUGGUACUGAGCUCCUGUCUAGGGUUGGUUCCUAUCUGGUGUCGGAUGUUCUAAACUGGACGGGUUGAGGCCUUUAAGUAUUCUUUCUUAUUUUUUGUAGCCAGUCCAGUUGACAGCAUCAGUGUUUAACAAGGUUUGCCGUGUUGUGUGUACCUCACUGUCCAGUCAUUUCCUACCAAGUAUCCUGGCACCAUUCCACGCUGCAGUCUUCCUCUUGACCGCCACUUCAAAAUGUACAGAUGCUGUGCUGAGUUACUGCAAAGAAGAAUGUUUUUUAAAUGUACUGUUGCAUUCUGUGCUGCACUGUUGUGUUAGUAAGCCCAGUUGAAUGGCCCUUGUGUUAUCAAAGCUGAUGUUCAGCAAUACAGUGUCGCUUCUGAGAGUCAGUUACUUUAUGCUGUAGGUAUCACCCCAGCUGAUGAAGAGCCACUGCUGUGCCAGUGCUAAAUGGAGGAUGGCCUCAAACAGACAGGCUUUGUGUCUUCAGACAUCUCAAUCCGUCCUGGUCAUGGUGUUACUUCUGAGGGCCGCUGCUGCUUAGGGGUUUUGUCUGUUGUGUACGUGGGGUUUCUGGGAAUCACAUGACCAACAGUGCACACCAAAUGUAAUAAAAUACGCUUAAUAAAACAUGAAGUAAAAUGGAGCAUUCCGUCCAUUGAUGUAGGCCACCCCAAAAGCACAAAUUACAGUGUAACCAGCAAAGAUGAAGCUUGAACUCUUGCUCUUUUCGCUUUACAUGUUAGCCAUGAAUGCUAGUGCAGGUUCUGCAACCAAGGUGAACUGCUUGCUUGCUACCUUUAUGGACACACGCACACACACCUUGUGUUAUUGACGAAAGGGACAAAUUAAAUAUUGGUUUGCAUUCCAGCUUUGUCCUGUUCACUGGCACAGCUGGCAUCUGCUUUUAGAAUUGAAGUUUUCUGCCCCAUUAUAUCUGCUCACUGCAGCAUGGUGGUGUCUGUUUGCUGCCCUCAUAGUGCAUCAGCAUUAUUUGGUGGCCUUUUGCAUUUUGUUGAUUUCAAAAUGAAGAUCAAUUUAAAUUGAUGAAUGUCAGGCUGCUGUUUUGGAGUAGAAAUUGCCCGAGCCAUAAAUGAUAAGAGUUUAGCUAGUGAUGUCCAAAGCCACUUCUUCUGCUUUAUAUUGGAUUGGGCCAUGGAUGGCUUGCUUCCACAACCUUUUUGCUUUAUUUGUUUUAUCCAGAGGAAAAACGAAACUUGAAUUUGUCACAAACACUGUUAGGAAGGGAACAACUGGAAUGUUUUACUAAUGCGUACAGAUCUCUCUUUUCUGUUUUACAAGAAACUGCUUGAUGUGUGUCAUGUGAAGAAUUGCACUAAUGUCUGUCUGUCAUUUGUUUGGGGAAAGGACCACGAGAAAAAAUGGGUUUGUAACAUUAUUCCAAUUUCAUGAAAAGUAUGCUUCUUCUAGGGGGAGAAAAAGAAAUCAAUGUCAAAUUUAAAUUGUGUGAUUCUUUCCAAGUAAAAUAAAGAAAAAUUAUUUGAA